AUGAAAGACAGGAGAGUGGGAGUGGCAGUGGAUUUGUCGCCGGGCAGCAGGUCGACCCUGAAAUGGGCAGUCGAGAACGUUGUCUGGAAAGGUGAUCAUCUUAUCUUGGUUGUCGUCCAGCCUGAAGAGAACUACGAGCAGGAAGAGAUGCAGAUCUGUGGCGUCAUCGGUUCACCUUUGAUUCUUGUGAAGGAGUUUUUUGAUCCCACUAUCAUGAAGAAGUAUAGAGUGACGCCUGACGCUGAAACCAUCGACAUCGCCAACACAGCGGGGUGGGACCCACAAAGUCGUAUCUGCCUAGGUCGAGGAUUUGCAGCGAGCUCGACCCCAGCUCUGAUGAAAUUCCACAGUCAUAAAGAAGUUCAUCCCACGAGGGCCUCGAUAUUAGCAACAACUCAUCCGAGCUGA